CUGACCCACUGGGUGGAUGCAGUGAUCCUUGUAUUCAGUCUGGAGAACGAGAUGAGCUUCCAGGCAAUCCACAGCCAUUAUGCCAAGAUGAGGCAGUACCGAGACACCAAGGAGAUCCCUCUGAUCCUGGUGGGGACUCAAGAUGCCAUCAGUGAGAGCAACCCACGGGUCAUUGAUGACACCAGAGCAAGAAAACUGGCCAGUGACCUCAAACGUUGCUCCUACUAUGAAACUUGCGCUACUUACGGGCUAAAUGUGGAGAGGGUUUUCCAGGAUGCUUGCCAACGGAUUGUCCAGAUGCGCUAUCCAAAUAUCCCAUCAGUGCCUGCACCCGUAGCCUCCACCCCCAACCACGGCCAGCGAUCCUUCUACAGCAGCAAGCCCAGUGACAGUCACAGCGUCAGCAGUCACUCAACCAGUAGCUCUGGCACCCCGGCCACCUCUGGACACGUUCAAGCAAGUCCGCCAGCUCUGCCCUCCAAGGACAAGUUAUUGAGGGAGAGUAAGUCUGAGAAGCUGGACAAGAUGAAAGACAAACCACACCAACUAGCACAACAGCACACAUUAUCUCCGUCACCACAACCAUCACAGAUAUCAGCAGUCUUGCUGCCGACGCCACCACACAUGUCACAGCUAUCUGAUCAGACAGAUGUCCAGACUUAUGAGAGCGGCCAUGUUGAGGAGACAGUGACCUGGACACCUCUUGCCUUGCGCAAACAUAAACCAUUACUCACGGUGCACAAAUCUCAUUCCUUCAGUGACAAGCCGGUGGAAGCCAAAGACUUACCUACACCUGGUACCACACCCACACAGAACAGAAAAAACAGACGAAGGUCGAACCUGUUUAAUCCAAAAUCCAAAGAAGAAGACAAGAGACUGCUGACAGAUGGCGACAAGAUGGGCAGUGGACGUACCAUUCCUCUCAAACAGGGCUGGCUGUACAAGAAGAGUCAUGGACUUAAUAAAGAGUGGAAGAAGAAAUAUGUGGCUUUGAUUGAUGAUGGCAGAUUAGUGUAUCAUUCAAACAUCCAUGAUUACAUGGAGGACACACAUGCCAAAGAAAUCCCACUUGUGAAAACAACAGUGAAAAUACCUGGCAUGCGACCUCGGGGGUCUAGGACAGUGUCUAUUGGAAACACUCAAAAUGGGGACAUGAAUAAUUCUAUAGCGCACGAUUUAACAGUCGAUGGACAGACAGACAAUUCUCUGGUGAUACAGAACUCUUCAGUAACCUCAGUGAUUGCAGACCAACCUCCCGCACGUCCUGAGCGAUCACCUCUGUUGCCCAAACUGGGUAUUAAUAGUUCCAGUCGAGACACACCGAAUAUCAAGAAGAGACAUCGGCGAGCCAAAAGUGGGGCAAUCAAAAACUCCAAUCCUGGAGAUGGUGACGAUUCUGAUGGAUAUGAGUUUUUGAUUGUUUCACUUGAAAAUAAACAGUGGCACUUCGAGGCUCAGAGUGGAGAGGACCGCGAUGGUUGGGUGGACGCAAUAGAACAACAGAUUCUCUCUAGCCUUCAAGCCAAUGAUAUUGGUAAAAAUAAAAAAACCAACAAUUGUGACCCGGCUGGCAUCCAGGCAAUCAGAAACACAGCUGGCAACAAUGCUUGUGCCGACUGUGGGGCUCCAACUCCUGAUUGGGCCAGCAUAAACCUGGGAGCUGUGGUGUGUAUCGAGUGUUCUGGCAUCCAUCGGAACCUGGGCACACACAUCUCCAGAGUUCGCUCCCUGGACCUGGACGAGUGGACAAACGAUGUCGUAAAGGUGAUGGUGUCUAUUGGCAAUGGGACAGUCAACAGUGUCUGGGAGGCCAACACCAAGGGUCGAGCUAAGCCUUCAUCCAGCUCCCACAGAGAUGAGAAAGAGAGAUGGAUCCGAGCCAAAUAUGAAAGCAAAGAGUUUUUACCUCUUCUACCUUACAUGGAUAUUCCAGUAAAUCAGCAGCUGAUUGAUGCCCUUGUUCGCGAAGAUAUUAGAAGCAUUAUAAUAAUCCUGGCCCAUGCUGAUCCGGAUGAUAUUAAUGCUUGCUACAACAAAGAUGACGGACGUACAGCUCUUCAUAUCGCAGCAGCUCUUGGCAAUGUUGUCUUUGUACAGUUGUUACUGUGGUAUAACGCUGAUGUACGAGUCCUGGACCAUGAACACCGCAGCGCACUCUGGUAUGCUAGUAGCUCAGGUUCCAAGGAAUGUCUUCAACUGCUGCGAGCUAAUGGCUGUCCAGAACUGUCUCUCAUGACAACGGCAGCAACACCACGGCGACGCAGCAGUGCUCAGUCAGCACACAAUGAUGCUUUUGAAACGCUGCCUGCUGGUGUAAUAUAG